AUGAAACAAAACAGAAUUGAAAAACUUGAAGAGAAAUUAGCAUGUGAAUCGAAUAAACAAACUGAGAUUCAACUCAUUCUAAAGAAAUUGAAUAAACAGAUAGAAAUUAUGCGUCACAAUGUAUCAAAUGCAAAAGAAACUGCAAAACCACUUUCUGAGAAAAAACGAACGUGUUGUGAAAGUCUAUUUGAUAAACCCAGGAUGACGUAUUCCCAGAGCAUAGACCAAAUAUCAAGUAGUGGGAUAUCAAAUUACUGUGAAGAAUCAUCACCUGACAGUGCACCUAAAUUAUUUGAAAAUGAGAAAUUAAUGCGUAUGCUGUACGCUUAUAUUGAUGAGUACUUAAAGAACUGUGUUUCUGCUAUUGAAAAAAAGUUAUUUAAGAAAUUAAAUGUACGUUUGGAUCGAAUCGAACCGCGUGAAGUAUCCACCAAUCAACAGAACACUGAAGACGACAUUGGAUUGUGGUGUCAACAUUUUUAUAUGCGGAUAAACAUAACUUUAAAUUUCAGUGGCCUGUGUUUUAAAGUGAAUUUCAAAAGUAUAGUUUAA